UCUAAUUUGGGAAGAAGAAAAGAAAACACAUGGCGCCUUUCCUUUCAAAUUAACACUACUUUCCCCCACAUCCCAACUUUCAUUUCUCCUCCAAUCCAAUUUCUAGGGUUUCACAAUCAAAUCAAAUCCAAUAAAAAUGAUCGUCAGAACACCGGCUUUAUCCAAAAAACGAAAGCCGGAAUCCCCCUCCGAUGGCCGCUUGAUUAUCUUCGAAGACCUUCCUGUGCCCCAACCGGAACCCGAACCCUCUCACCGACAUUCCGAUGAUCAAAUGCUUUGCACUUACCAGUGCCGUCAAAUGGUAAAAGCGGAUUUUUUGGAUGCGUUAAGCAGCGCAGAGAAGAAGUCACAGGACUAUGAAUCCAAAUUUGUGACAAUGAAUGAUGACUUGCGCAAAUCUGAAGCUGAAAGGAUGAAAUUUAGGGAUCAGAUUUUAUAUGCAGAACAAGAAUUAGCUGCUGCCAAGGGACGUGAGCGAGCUCUGCAAGACCAACUCUUGAAAGAAGUCAAUGAAUCACAAGAGCGACUAAGAAAGCAGAUUCAUAUACAUAGUGAACUUGAGGUAAAGUUUAAAAAAGAAAUGGAUCUUCGUAAAAAAGCAGAAUCUUUGCUAUCGUCAGCUGAAGAAAAAGCAAGCCGUUUAGAGGGGAAGUUGGGUCAUGUUUCGGAAAGUAUCGAGAGGGAAAAAGUUCGUCUUCAGAAGGAACUAACACAACUUAAACAAGAAUCGAAGCUUGCGAUUUCUAGAAUUAGUGCAGAUCUUGAAAAGAUGGAAUGUAAAGCUACCAAUUCUGAGAAAGAAGCAAUGCUGCUGAAGGAUCAAAUGGAAAUUCUGCAAAGAAAACUUAAUGAGUGCUUGUAUGAGAAGAACGAGGCGGAGAAAAAGAUCUGCACUUUAACAUGUCAAGAAUCUCCGUCUUCAGAUGACAAAAUAUUGGUGAAGCAUUUGAGAGAAGAGCUCAAGAAUUAUGAAUCAGAAGUGCGCGAAGCUAGGAAAUGGAAAUCUUCUCACGAGGACAUUGAGUUAUUGAGGGAGAAGUUAUUGGAAGAAAAGGGCCGCAGAGAGAGGGCAGAGUCUGAGAUUUCCAAACUGUUAGAGUUACAGGUAAAUGGAAAGAAAUUGGAAGAUGAAUUAUCCUCUUGGAAUUCAAUUGUUAAGGAGAUUCCUGGCGUAACAUCUGCUGCUGACAUACCUCUCAAGUUUGAAGCCUUGCACAAGGAGGUUCUCGAAGGCAUGAUGAAGAUAGGAGAGGUCACUGCUCGUUUGAAAGAAGUAGAGGUUGGUCUUGAUGCUGCUGAAAAUGCUAGACAGAAUGCUGAAACAGAGUCUGCACUGACCAAAGAGAAGGUGGAGGCUUUGAAAUUAGAGCUCAACCGGACUGGCUUACUGCUUUCUUCAGUCACAGAGGAGAGAAAUCAUUUGAAAACUGUUGUUGGUCAACGGAAGCAGCAGAAGAAUGUUGAUGCAGGUGCAGCAAUGACUGAUGGAACAGUUCAGGAACUUGAGUCAUCUAUUACAAUGAAGGAAGAUUAUAUAAAGAAACUGGAGAGCUCUAUAAUCGAGCAAAAAGACGUUAAUGCUCGUCAGCAUAAUGAAAUAAAGUUGCUUAAUGAGAGGCUUAAUAAUGAAUCAAGAAGAAUAAAGUCAUUAGAGAGGGAGGAUGACCGUCUCCGAUCUGAGAUAGCUAUAUUGGAGUCAAAGUUAGGUCAUGGUGAUUUUUCAUCUGCAAAUACAAAAGUACUGCGUAUGGUGAACAGCUUGGCAGUUGACAGUGAGGCAAAACAGACAAUAGAGGCUUUGCAGAAUGAAUUGCAGAAGACAAAAGAGAGAUUACAAGCUGUUGAAGAGUUAAAAAAGCAGUCAGGUGAUGCAGGGACAUUGGUAGACUCAUAUAUUUCCGGAAAAAUAGUUCAAUUAAAAGAGCAAAUUGCUACUCUUGAGAAACGUGAGGAAAGGUAUAAAGCAGUUUUUGCAGAUAGAAUCUCAGUUUUUCGAAGGGCUUGCUGUGAAUUGUUUGGCUACAAGAUUGUCAUGGAUGAUCACCAACGACCAGAUGGGAUACCUGUCACACAAUUUACCCUUCAGUCAAUAUAUGCUCAAAGUGACGAGGAAAAACUUCAGUUUGAGUACGAAUCAGGGAACACAAAAAUUUUGGCAAAUAAAUACACACAACAGCGUGAUAUAUCUAAACAGGUGGAGAUUUUCAUACAGAAGCUGAAUUCUAUUCCAGCUUUUACUGCCAAUUUGACAGUUGAGUCUUUUAAUAAGAGGACAUUAUCAUGAGGCAUAGCAACUGUCUUGUUGCUUCACUAUACUUGAAGAACGGCUCAACUCCCCGAUUUCUUUCACCAAUCUAUGAUCUUGUUACUGCAUUUAACUAAAUUUUGCGUACAAAGGAUAUUGUGUUGAAAACAUAUCUUAAGUACUGAUUGCAAGUUAACUGGGUCAACUCAGUAGUUCACUAAGAAUUAGGAAAGCUAA